UAAGUAAUAAGUUAUUUUUUUUAUAGUUUUUGUGGUUGACCUUGAACGUAACCAGUUAAACGUAACCACCUUUGAAUUAGUGAGGUUAUGUUUUAACGGUUGACAUUUUUAAAAUAUGUAAAAAAAGUUGCAAUUCGUGAAAACAGUUUCACCUGAAACGGGCUCAGAAAUGUCCAUAAAUCCCACUAACAAGCACAACCAAGUCGAAAACGUCAGUACACGUGUGAAAAACACCAAAAAGGAAAUCGAGCAGCUCAAAACCGAAUUAGAGAAACUCAUAAGUCUUGGUACACAGCCCCCUGAGCCCCCCAUAAAGAAACUUCCAAGUUUUGAAACCCAACCCGUCCGGGAGCCCGAGAAAAACUCCAAAAAACCUGCACCCGAAACUGCGAAGAAGAGCCCCCUUAAAAAAGCCCGUAGUUAUGACGUUAAUGAGGCUCGAAAUUACAUUAAAAAACAGAGAGAAAAACGAGCCGAGCAGUUGCGUGCCCAAAUCAAUGUCACUGAUAACAAAGUCGAUUUAAAAAAACAGAAAUUGAAGGAAUUGCAUCAGAAAACCAUAGAAUUAGUGACAAAAAACGUUCAAUUGAAACGCGAGCGCUCAAAAUCGAGGGAAAAAACCCCCCCUGUAAGAAUCGACCGAGCGAGGGCGAAGCCCCAACGCAAUGAAAGAGUCUCGAGACCCAAGACGCGUACCGAGGCCCCCAAAACCGAGUCCGAACAAAAUGCAAGAGUUUCUAGGUCCGAGUCACAACAAAAUGAAAAAGUCUCCAGGUCCGAGGCCCCCAAAACCGUGUCCGAAAAGCCACAAAAGGUGGCAGAACACUCGAUAAUGACCGACGCGUGUGUCAAAGACACUAAGGAGACUCAAACGAGUCGUGAUAAGGGGGCGCAGUGGAUGGAGCCCCCUGUUGUGCCAUACCCGUACAAUUUCAUUAACACAGUCAAGCGAAAGUUGCAGUUUGCUGUAAAUUCACCGAGGAAUUACAUUGAUGUGGGGGUGCAAAACUCCGGGACUCCGGAGUGCGGCCAAACCAAAUCCAGGGAGGAAAUUAAGGAGAUGUUGAUCAAAAGUGCCAACAGCGAGUUGAGGUCCUUCGCGUCGCAUAAAUGUCUCGAUUUGAAAGCUGUUGAAAAUUUAGAAUUGAGACAAGUGUCGAAAAAUCUCUUCAUUGAUAGCGAAUCGGACACUUCGAAAAAUAUUCCGGACAUUUCCAGCGAAAGUGUGACUUCGGUCGAUAAACCAAAAUUGGAUUUUGAUAAACUGAAAAAUUACAAAUUGCAAAAUGAGAGUUACAGCUCGGAUUUCCACAAAGAAAGCGUUUCAGAAAUUAUAAAUACGGAGAGUUUCAAGAAAAAUCGUGAUUCACAAUCUCGAAAAGUAAUGAAAACUUUAUCAGAUUCGGAUUCCAUUCAAGAGUCUCUGACUUUAAAAGAGCCAAAUGUUUCACUCUCGAUUCGCAAUUUAAACUCAAUUAAUGGGAAAACGAACACAAUUACUAUCAAGUCUCUUAGUGAAAACUACUCCUCAGAUUCGAGUUUCUCACAAGAAAAACCAUCGUUCAAAUCACUCUUGACUGGAAGUGAAAAUUCGAAAAAUCAGUCAGAAACGCUCUCAAAAAAUACUGACGAAAAUAGCGAUUUGGAAAAACCGCAAAAUGACGUUAAAAAUCACCUGAAAAAUAUCACACUUAGGCCAUCGAGUUCUAGUGUGAACAACGUGAAUGAGAUCCACCUGAAAUUCGAAGCCGAAGUGCGCCUCCUGAACGACUUCAACGAGUCUUUCAGGCAGUUCAUGGCCGUGGAAAAGGCCUUCGAGAGUAUAAAAACAAAGAACGAAACGAAUACAGCCGUGCGAAAAAUUCUUCAAAAUGUGGACACCCAGACGUCGUUUAUUGCGAAAACUUCGACAGAAAAGUCACCGAGAAGUAGUGUCAAUACGAUUAAUUUUUCACGAGGAUCUGAAAUCAUCGAGGAGUUGAACGAUUCGAUCAUGAAUGCGAGUAAAUCGAUGCAGAAUAGUUCGUUUUCGACCGCCACCGAGUGGAAUUUGAGUAAUUUGAACGAAUCGAGUGUUUCGAUAGCAGAGGAGGAGCAAUCGAAAUUUUCCAUUUCAAAUAUCGAGAAUUACAAUGCGAAUAAUUGUGCGAGUUUGUUAUCGCUGAAUAUCUUCGACCAACUGAUCAAAGACGAAGACACCCGAAUCCAGCAAUUAAAGGCCAUAAUCAAAAUCCGGGAACAAGCCCUCCUCGACCGGACCAAAGGCGAGCUCGUAUGGCUCGAAAUCCAGAAAAAACAAUUAAUCGAAACUGGGAAAAUCGAAGAAGCCUCCCUUCUCAAGAAAAAACAACGCGGAAUCCUCCUCAAACAUGAGCAGGAACGCAACGAGAUCAAAAAACUGAAACAGAUGCAAAAAGAGGCGUCGGAGAAGCGGAAAAACACCCUCAAACGGCAGAGGAAUUUGAUUAAGACGCGGCUCUCCACCGAUGAUAUGCUGGCGCAGAUAACGGUGAAGAAGCGCAAAGAGAGGCGAAGCAUGGGGCCGUUGAGGGUGGUGCAAAGUCGCAGCGAGUCGGUGCAUUCGGAGACGUCGAUUUCGGUGAAGAGUACGGAUGUGGUGAGUGUCACCUCGAAGUCGUUGCGAGUGUCGGAGGAGUCCGACGUGGAGGUGCCGGUGGCGAACGCCAAAAGGACACUGUUAAUGCGAGAGGCGGCAUUGCAGAAGCGCCGCAAGGCCGCCGAAGAGUUACUACGAUGGCACCGAAAACUCCUCGACGAAGAAAAGAAGAUCGCGGAGUUGGAAGCGGCCGCAACUUCCGUUAUCAAACUUCCACAAACAACUCCCGAUAAACAUAAGAAACAAUUGAAUCAACUAUGGAGGAACGACCACUACGUUUGUAAGAGUGCCAGACAGUAUUCGAAUAAAAACAAAAAUCUCAGUGAACUCGAGACUGAGAACAGUGGCGUUAGUGAAAAGUCGGUGAAAAAGUCGAUCGAUGUGAAUUAUUCCUCAGUGUUUGAAGCCGAAUCCGUCCACGAAAUCAUCAAUUCCCAAGAAGAAAAGACAAAGAUAUCGUCCAUAUCAGAACUCAUUGAUAAUUUCACCAAAAUCGGUGACGAAAUAUCCACAUUGAGCAAAAAAUCUAGUCAGUCAAUACCGGAAAAUAUGACUCCUAAUUACACUGCUGAAGGAAAAGACUUUGAAGACCAAGAAAUACAAAUUGAAGACAAAAACUUUUCGAAAAUUGAAGAUUUAGAAGACUUGAAGCCUCUAUCGUCGACCACGCUUGAUUCCACACAGGUUACAACAGAAGAAAUUGAAGAUUACAAUGCAUCUAAGACAGAAGUUUCUUCUAGAAAUUCAGAAUCGGCCAAAAUUGUUGAAGAAUCGCAGGGUGUUACUACAGAAGAAAUUGAAGCAUCUCAAACUUCAAAAACAAAGUCAGAGGAUGUUGUUACGGAAGCUUCUUCUAGAAAUUUAUCUUCAAUCAAAGAAUCGGUAAAAAUUGACGAACUUCCGGCUGUUACAACAGACGAAAUUGAAGAUCCCAAUGCAUUAGAAUCUUCAAAAAAAAAGUCAGAAGGUUCUUCUAGAAAUUUAGCAUCGGCUAAGAUUACAACAGAAGAAAUUGAAGCAUCUUACUCUUCAAAAACAAAGUCAGACGCUGUUGCUACAGAAGCUUCUUCUAGCAAUUUAUCUUCAAUCAAAGAAUCGGUAAAAAUUGAAGAACCUCCGGCUGUUACAACAGAAGAAAUUGAAGAUCUCAAUGCAUUAGAAUCUUCAAAAACAAAGUCAGAAGUUUCUUCUAGAAAUUUAGAAUCAACCAAACCUGUUGAAAAAUCGCAGACUGUUACAACAGAAGGUAUUGAAGAUUCCGACUCACCUCAAUCUUUAAAAACAAAGUCAGAAGUUACUACACAAAUUUCAUCUAGAAAUUUAUCUUCAGUACAAGAAUUUGCAGCACAGGCUAUUACGACUGAAGAAAUUGAAGAUCCUCAUGCAUCAGAAUCUUCAAAACCAAAAUCAGACGUUUCUUGUAGAAAACCCAAAACUGCUGAAGAAUCGCAGACUGUUACAACAGAUGAUAUUGAAGACCUCGACGUAUCUCAAUCUUCAAAAACAAAGUCUGUUGUUACAGAAGGUUUAUCUAGAAAUUUAUCUUCAAUAAAAGAAUCGGCAAAAAUUGAAGAACCAGAGACUGUUACCACCGAAGGAACAGAAAAUUCUUCAUCUCGAUCUUUAAAAACUGAAGCUUCUUCUAGAAAUGUAACUUCAGCAAGAGAAUCGAAUAGAAUUGUUGAAGAAGAGCCGCAAGCUGUUACAACAGAAGAACUUGAAGAUGAAUUUUCAAAAACCAAGUCAGAGGCUACACAUGACGUUUCUUCUCAAAUAGAGGAUUUAGAAGCACACAAUUCCGUAAAAGAUUUAUUGAAGAAUAAAACUUCUAAGAUUGAAGAUCUAGAAACAUCAAAAGUUGAUGAAGACGAGUUGCAGUUUUCUUCGGAAAAGAUUUCUUCCAAAGAUCUAGAAACGGAAGUUUCUGCUAAAACUGACAAGUCGGGGACUGUUGAAACAAAAGAAUCUCUUAGAGAAGAUAAGGAAGAUAGCAAAGAAGAAGUGUCGUCUGCUAAAAUCGUUGAAGAAAUUUCCACACAAAUCGAAGAUAUUUCCUCUGAUAGUCAAUCUCUCAGUUUGGAGGAAGCUUUAGAGUCUGCUUCAAAAAUCGAAGAAUCGCUGAGUAGAUUAAACGAGAAGCUUGUAAGUGACCAGAAUGAAGAAACGGAAGAAACAACACCACAGAAGAAAAAUCAAAAUCAGAUAGAUGUCAAGAAACGAGUUUUCGAAAUUUUAGCAGAUGCUAGUCCCACUCGAGGGGAUAAAAGUCCGCGAUUGCAAGACCUCUACGUCACUGCUUAUGAUGUGGGGGCUUCAAAUUCACCGGAAUUUUCGGAAUCUUUAGAAGGCCGUCAAUUACCAACUGAUAUUUUCGGAAGCGAAGCUGAAGAGUUAUGGAGGAAGCAAUUGGCUAUCGAACAGGAGAUCAAGCAAUUGGAGUUGCAACAGAAGGAACAACUCCCUUAUGUUUUCAUGCGUGAAAUUCCCAACAAACCGCCCCCUCCUUAUACUCCCCCUUCUUCCAUUUCUUCUUUUCCCCCGUCGGUAAUACCAACUGAAGUGAAGCAAAUCAGCGAAAUUGCGUCUUAUAGCUCGAAAGUUCUCUACAAGGCCUACCAAAACAACACUCUCGAGAAAGUGAAAUUCUCUGAAAAUGGUUUUAAAUUGUUUUCGAAAGUUGAAGUAUCGAAAAUAUGUGCCGAAUUUUUGUUCAAUAUUUGUAAAAACGUAGCGAGGGAUCAUUACAAACAAUUCGAAGUCGUGGAAGAACCGUCUUGGUUAAUUCUUGCCAAAAAACCGCAAUUGACCAAGAGUAAAUCUCCUGAUUCAUGCGCUUUAGAAAAAAUUUUCAACCACAAACUGAAAGAAUUGUUCGGUUUUAAAAAAGUUCAAGUCGCGGAAAGUGCUAUUAUUAAGUGGGGGCGCAAGAAGAGGGACCACGUGGACGAAGUCCUGGUGUUGGAAUCUCAAGAAGAAGAAUCUCAAUGGACCAAUUUCGACAAGGAUGAAUUAAUCGUCAAGAAUCAAGUUACCGUCGAUAUUAUGAAGAUGCUGCUCCAGGAAACCGCCGAUGUUUUUGUCAAGAUUUUGUCCAAAUCGAGUCUGAAGUGAUUUUGUACUGCAUGUGUAUAGAUAUUGUUUUUCUAAGUCUGAAUAAAGUAUUUUUUCUUAA